AUGGACGGCGCCGCGGCCCGCGCGCCCCCCGCGCCCCCGCGCGCGCCCCCCGCGCCCCCCGCCGAGCCCCCGGCCGCGCCCCGCGCGCGCCCGCGCCUGGUCUUCCGCACGCAGCUGGCGCACGGCAGCCCGACGGGCAAGAUCGAGGGCUUCACCAACGUCCGCGAGCUCUACGCCAAGAUCGCCGAGGCCUUCGGCAUCGCGCCCACCGAGAUCCUGUUCUGCACCCUCAACAGCCACAAGGUGGACAUGCAGAAGCUGCUGGGCGGCCAGAUCGGCCUGGAGGACUUCAUCUUCGCGCACGUGCGCGGCGAGACCAAGGAGGUGGAGGUCACCAAGACGGAGGACGCGCUGGGGCUGACCAUCACCGACAACGGGGCCGGCUACGCCUUCAUCAAGAGGAUCAAAGAGGGGAGCAUCAUCAACCGGAUGGAGACGGUGUGCGUGGGGGACAGCAUCGAGGCCAUCAACGAUCACUCCAUCGUGGGCUGCCGCCACUACGAGGUGGCCAAGAUGCUGCGGGAGCUGCCCAAGGCCCAGCCCUUCACCCUCCGCCUGGUGCAGCCCAAGCGGGCCUUCGAUAUGAUCGGCCAGAGAGGCCGCAGCAGCAAGUGUGCCCUGGAGUCCAAAGUGAGCAGUGGGAGAGAGACUCUGCGGCUGCGUGCUGGGGGUGCUGCCACCGUGGAGGAGGCGCCCAGUGACUUUGAGGAGGAGGCCUCGGGGAAGGUGGAUGACCUUCUGGAGAGUUACAUGGGCAUUCGGGACCCCGAGCUGGCGUCCACCAUGGUGGAGACGUCCAAGAAGACGGCGAGUGUGCAGGAGUUUGCUCGCUGUUUGGACUCCGUCUUGGGCGAGUUUGCCUUCCCCGACGAGUUUGUGGUGGAGGUGUGGGCCGCCAUCGGCGAGGCCAGGGAGACCUGUGGCUAGUGUGCCCGGUGGCAGAGCGCAGCCCCAGCCCGGAGGCCAGCCCCCUGCCCCAGCCCUGCGCCACAGCCCAGUCCAGCUCCACAG